AUUUAAUUUCGUAGUAAAAUAAAACACAACACUACAAAAAUAUAUUUUUUUUAACUAUAAAUUAAAUAUUUACUAAAAUACAGUGUAAUUAAAUUUCGUCCCAACUCCCGGUGAAACCUAACCUAAGAAUGCAUAUAUAUAUUAUUGAUGUCAAUAAACUUUUUAUUAGUAUGAUUAAAUAUUAUUAUCAUCAUUGAUAAAAAUGACAAAAAUAAUAAUAAGAAUGCACGUAAACAUUAUUUCUGUUAAGUUAGACCAAGUAGUGCCUUAUAAUUUAUUAAUGUAUUUUUCCGCAAUAUUGCUGUCUAUAGAAAAACAAGGAAAGCAAAUAUUAUCUGUUAAAGUUCAUAUGUAGUGAAUUAGUGAUUAACUUUAUGCAUAUUAUGUCGUUGAUUAUAAUUUGAGUGGGAAGGAAAAUGAAUAUAACAGUAGUUAGUAACUGACUUUGUGCAGGGAAUGUUUUUAUAAUGUCUAAUGUACCAGCUGUUGACUUAAAAUUGUUGACAAAUGAGCAAAAAGAAUAUGCUGCCAUUGUUUUGAAUGAGACAAUUGAAAAUCGUGAUAAAAAAAUUGAAGAAAUAAGAGAGUGGCUUUUAAACAAUAAAGAACUCUGUGCACGCACAGAUGACAAUUUUAUUUUAAUUUUCUUAAGAGGUUGCAAAUUUAAAGUCGAAAAAGUAAAAUUGAAAUUGCGAAAUUUUCAUCAUCAAAGAGCAGUUAUGACAGAAUGGUUUUCUAAUAGAAAUCCAAUCUUACCAGAGUUGACUGAAUUGUUCGAUUUAGGGGUUUUCUUGCCAUUAAGAAAAUUGGACGACGAAGGCAGACUGGUUGUAAUUAUAAAAGCUUCCGUUCACGAUCCUCGCAAACAUAAAUUUUCAGAUGUUAUUAAAGCUGGUAUGAUGAUUUUAGAUGUGGCAACGAGAGACGAUGUUUCAGUUUCUUUGCACGGAAUUGCUGCGAUUCUAGAUUUGAAAUCAGUGACUCUGAGUCAUGCCUUACAACUAACUCCAAAUGUAAUAAAACAACUGGUUCACUCUUGGCAAAGUUGUUAUCCAUUUAGAAUAGGCUAUUUGUAUUUCAUUAAUGCACCAAUUUACGUAAAUGUCGUGCUCAAUGUUUUUAAAAGCUUUAUGAAUGAAAAAUUGCGAAAGAGAAUUCAUAUUCAUCGAAAGGGUAUUGCGGAAAAAAUUUCACCAAAUAUUCUCCCCAUUGAAUAUGGUGGCAAUGAAGGCAGCAUUUCAAAUUUAAAAGAUCAUUGGAAAAAAGUGGCAGAAGAAAACGCGGACUGGUUUUCUGAGAACGAAAAAUAUAAAUUACUGAUAUGAUUGAAACUAAGAUUGUUAAUCAUGUUUGAGGAUUAAAGGAAAACUAUAUAGUUAGAUGAAUAAUACUAUAUACGCAUUUUAUUGAUAUAUUUAAUUAUUAUAUAAUUACAUGAAUGUGUAUUUUAAAUGCAUAUAUAUAUUUAUAUUAAAGAAGG